AGCUCGGAAACCCUGCAGGCCUGUCUUGGGACGACGCCCUUUACGGCAACCAGCGGGUUGCGCUACGCAGCAGGCACCGUGCAGCAGCUCCAGGCUGGUGCAGAAACAUUCCUCGGUGGAGCCUCCAGCAGCGGGGGAGCAGCAGCCGAGACCUCGGAAACCCUGCAGGCCUGUCUUAGGACGACGCCCUUUACGGCAACCAGCGGGUUGUGCUACCAGGCAGCAGGGGCCAUGCAGCAUCUCCAGACCGGUGCAGAGCCAUCUAGCGAUGGAGCCUCCACCAACAAGGAAGCAGCGGCCGGGACCUCAAGGGGAACCCUGCAGGCCUGUCUUCGGACAGCACCCUUCACCACAACCAGCGGGAUAUGCUACCAGGCAGCAGGGGCGAUGCAGCAGCUCCAGACUGGUGCAGAGACAUUCCACGGCAGAGCCUCCAGCAGCGGGGGAGCAGCAGCCGGGACCUCGGAAACCCUGCAGGCCUGUCUUGGGACGACGCCCUUUACGGCAACCAGCGGGAUAUGCUAUCAGGCAGCAGGGGCCAUGCAGCAGCUCCAAACUGGUGUGGAAACAUUCCUCGGCGGAGCCUCCAGCAGCGGGGAAGCAGCGGCCGGGACCUCGGGAACCCUGCAGGCCUGUUUUGGGACAAUGCCCUUUACAGCAACCAGCGGGUUGUGCUACCAGGCAGCAGGGGCCAUGCAGCAGCUCCAGACUGGUGCAGAAACAUUCCUCGGCGGAGCCUCCAGCAGUGGGGAAGCAGCAGCCGGGACCUCGGGAACCCUGCAGGCCUGUCUUUGGACGACGCCCUUUACGGCAAUUAGCGGGAUGUGCUACCAGGCAGCAGGGGCCAUGCAGCAUCUCCAGACCGGUGCGGAGCCAUCUAGCGAUGGAGCCUCCACCAGCAGGGAAGCAGCGGCCGGGACCUCAAGGGGAACCCUGCAGGCCUGUCUUGGGACGACGCCCUUUACGGCAACCAGCGGGAUGUGCUACCAGGCAGCAGGGGCCAUGCAGCAUCUCCAGACCGGUGCGGAGCCAUCUAGCGAUGGAGCCUCCACCAGCAGGGAAGCAGCGGCCGGGACCUCAAGGGGAACCCUGCAGGCCUGUCUUGGGACGACGCCCUUUACGGCAACCAGCGGGUUGUGCUACCAGGCAGCAGGGGCCAUGCAGCAUCUCCAGACCGGUGCAGAGCCAUCUAGCGAUGGAGCCUCCACCAGCAGGGAAGCAGCGGCCGGGACCUCAAGGGGAACCCUGCAGGCCUGUCUUCGGACAGCGCCCUUCACCACAACCAGCGGGAUAUGCUACCAGGCAGCAGGGGCCAUGCAGCAGCUCCAGGCUGAUGCGGAAACAUUCCACGGCAGAGCCUCCAGCAGCGGGGUAUGUCCCAUGGUUCCUGCACAGCUUGAAUAG